AUGGCUAAUAGUGGUAUUGAGGCACUCAAAGGUAGCUGGGAUCAUGUUGAUGAUGAAAAUUUCGAUGAAUUUAUGAAAGAACUUGGUGUCGGAUGGGCAAUGCGUAUGGCAGCUAAAGCAGUGAAACCUCGUCUUAUUAUUAGUCAAAAUGAUGGUAAAUGGAAUAUAAAAUCAGAAAGCACAUUCAAAACUGUCGCCUAUGAUUUUACACCUGGUGUUGAAUUCAAUGAAACAACACCUGAUGGACGUGAAGUUACAACAAAUAUCACUUUUGAAGAUAAUAAAUGGGUGAGUACAACAAUUGAUAAAAAUGGUAAAAAAUCUGUGGUUACACGUUAUGUUGAUGAUAGUGGUCAACAAAUGAUUAAAAUGGAAUGUGGUCCAGUAAAAGCUCGACGUUGGUAUAAACGUGUUCAAUAA